AUGGAGUAUCUGGCGCAUGCUGGUCAAUUCGCCAAUGCCACAAUGGCAGCCGCUUUUAGUCCUCAAGCACACCUUUAUGGUGCUGAUUUGUAUACCGGCACAGAUCCGAGCUCUCUCAACUUUCUCGAAAAAGCAUGGAUGAAUUGGUAUCUGUGGUGGGGUAACCCAGUCAUUGCCACUGGUGUGAUGAGUUUCUUAAUGCAUGAAAUCGUCUACUUUGGUCGUGCCAUUCCAUUCGUCAUUAUUGACUCAAUGCCUUCCAUGCGCAAAUACAAACUUCAAGAAGAUCGUGUGGCCACUCCUGAAUUACAAUGGAAAUGCACACGAGAUGUUUUGUUUGCCCAUUUCACUGUCGAAUUACCUCAAAUUUGGUCUUUCCACCCAAUCUGCGAAUUCUUUGAAAUGUCAACACACUCUGUUCCAUUCCCACAUUGGACAAAGAUGGCAUGGCAAAUCGGUUUGUUCUUCUUGUUCGAAGAUAUGUUCCACUAUUGGGCUCACAGAGCAUUGCAUUGGGGACCUCUUUACAAAAACAUUCACAAGAAACAUCAUGAAUUCUCUGCUCCUUUCGGUUUAGCAGCAGAAUACGCUCAUCCUUUGGAAGUUUUCAUCUUGGGUUCCGGAACGAUUGGUGGACCGUUCUUGUUGUGUUAUUUAACCCGUGAUUUACACAUCUUGACCGUUUACAUUUGGAUCACUUUGCGUCUUUUCCAAGCAAUUGAUGCACACAGCGGUUACGAUUUCCCAAUCUCAAUGCACAAUUGGAUUCCAUUCUGGGCAGGUGCUGAUCAUCAUGAUUAUCAUCAUCAAGCUUUCGUCGGAUGUUACUCAACCAGUUUCCGUUGGUGGGAUCAUGUGAUGGGAACCGAUUUGGGUUACAAACGUCAUCGUUCUCGUCAAGCCGAUCAAAAGGCUGAAGUUAAAGCACAAGGUCUUGAGUGGCCCAACAAGGCACCUACCAAGACAUCUACCGGACAGCCUCUCAAGACGAAGGUGCAAUAA